GAAAACAUCAACACACUUGACGCACUUCCUUCGCGUUGCAGCACCGUGAUGCUAACUAACUCGGAGCUACAGUGACGGCGGACGACGCGUGUCGUAGCUCGGUUGUUUGGCACCUUCUGUCCGUCCUGGCCCGCGUAGAAGACCUCGUUACACUCGUCGCGUAUUUGUCUGGGAUGUAUGGAUGGAUAGCUGACGGAAUCGCGUCGCUGUUUGAGCCCGUUACGGGAAAGAACUCCGCCCAGCAGUGGCUCGAGACAGGGGACGUUAGCGCCGAAAUACCCACGCGACCUGGCGCUAAAGCGGCGGCACAAAGACCGGAGAGCCACGGCAGGCCCGCUAAACGGAACUACCAGAGUGUUGAUGUUGCAGAGAGUGUUUGCCAGAGUGACCCAGGGGUGAAGCGACGCAGACUAGAUGUAGUAAUCGGCUUUGUGAGGAAGACCGCGGCUGGAGUAGCAAGUCUGCUCAGGCUGCGGAACCCGCUGACAACCAGGAGUGAGAAACCCAGACAUUAUCAAGAAACCCAGCCCGUCACUCUGAUGGGGAUAGAUGAGCUCCAUACCUCUUGGCUAAACAAUCCUGAGUGGAGAAUGGAUAAACCAGUAGGUGGGAUGAAAGAUUGUGUUGUGAAAAAUCCAUUUCAGAGUUCUUCUUCUAAUUUGUUGAGGAAAUACAGUGGAACAGUGCUGCCUGCAGGGCUCGCAGAUAGAGGGAAAGAGCGUGAGAGGAGGGGCUCGCUCCAGCUGCUUCCCCCAAGGCCUACUCUGAGGGUUGGAGCUGCAAAUGCUGACUUGUCCUGCAAUGGCUUUGGACACAACCGCUGCUACAAGCCCAGUCUUACUGUGGAGGAGGCUAUAAAGCAGAAUAAUAAGGAGCACUACAGGCGCUUGCUGGAGAUGGUGACGGAAAAAUAUAGCAAAAGUCAACCAUUACCUUUUAGCGAAACAAAACCACAUGAUGAGUCGCUGUCACAGGGUGAUCACAAAACUACUGCUUCAGGAAAAACCUUUGAAACGAAGCACAGGAAGAUGGGAUGCACAGCUAUCCCAACUACAUUCACAUUGCGAAAUGCACCUGCAGCCAAGGACAGAUGGGGUGGACUGAUUGUCAGCAAGUCAUUCAGUGGGACUUGUGAGGAAACACAGCCUGUGUAUAAGCAGAAACAGACAGCAGAUUUGGACCUGUCGACAGAAGUAGCUACGCGCCUCAGUCUAGUGGACAGAGAGACUCCUGCUGUUGGCUUGCUGGAAACGUAUUCUGCACAUACAAGGCACAGUGAUGAUGAUAUACCUAGGCUGACCAAGGAAAUGGCAAUGGAGGUGACCGAAGCCCUGGAUCAGUGUGACCCCAAUUUUGUUCUAAGUUCUGCUUUCAAACUAUGCAUCACUCAGAGGGACCUGGCUACGCUGCAGGAUGGUGGAUGGCUCAACGAUGAGGUGAUAAACUUCUACCUGUCCCUGAUAAUGGAGCAGUGUUCUGGGGAAUCAAGGGGAUUGAGAGUCUACUCAUUCAGCACCUUCUUCUUCCCCAAACUGCGAGGUGGAGGAGGUGGGCAGCCCAGUGGACAUGCCGCUGUGAAGCGCUGGACCAAAGCAGUUGACAUCUUUCUCUUUGACCUCAUUCUGGUCCCUCUGCAUUUGGGUGUGCACUGGGCAAUAGCUGUCAUAGAUUUGAAAUCAAAGACCGUAAAGUCAUAUGACUCAAUGGGACAAAGGCAUGACGACAUCUGUGGUCUUCUACUAGUCUACCUUAAAGAGGAGCACAGAGCAAAGAAAGGGAGAGAGCUCGACAGUGUCAAGUGGACUGUCGGAAGUUUGAGGGCCACUGAUAUACCCCAACAGAAAAACAGCAGUGACUGUGGUGUUUUUGCUUGUAAAUACGCUCACUAUCUAGCAAAAGGAAGACCCCUCUUCUUUAAACAGUGUCACAUGCCUCUCUUCAGGAAGUUGAUGAUUUGGGAAAUCCUUCAUAAAAAGCUGCUAUAGAAGACUGAAAAUAUACUUCCUGUCUAUUGACUGCCUAACAACAGAUAAUCACUAGGAGCAUCUUCUUUGUACAGUUAACUACAUGGCAAAGGAAACAAAUGGGCCAAAGAAGUUGAUGUCACUGACUGAAACCUAAUCUGGAGAAAGUAAACACUAGUCGUAUGUCCUAUUUCCUGUCUGGGGCAUAGUAACAUUUUGUGAUCUCUGAGUUGUAUUUGGAGACCUUGUUUUGGAUGUAAGAUGAGAACAUUUUUAUUGACUUUGAAUUCUUCCUAAAGUGCCUUCAGUCUUCCAAUUAUGCUCAAGUAUGUCUUUCUUAGGGGAGUAUAUAGGCACAAAAGUCCAUAUCAAUGAAAUAACUUUGCAUUUAGUGCUUUGAUUUGGAUGGCAAUUAACUACAAUAAAAUAUAAUUAUGAAACUCAAUCUCUGCAUCAGAUAUAGACAAUGAAAUUUAAUACCUCCUGUUUAGACAAAAUGCAUGGUUGAGUGUAAUGCUUGUUUUGCUACUAUUUAUGGCUUGACUGGAUGAGAGAUCGUUUUGGAGUGUGCAGUUUUUCCUCCAUCAGUGUUAGAUGUUCGUCCAUCUGUGACAUAAGGCGCUGGUACAGUAGGUCUGUGAAUCUUUCCAUGAGCAUAUUGCAAGUGGCUACUUAGGGCUAAAUUUUGAUUUACAGUACUGCACAGUGAACUACUGUACACCCGCAUGUGUUUGUACUUUUAAAAUGUGCCCCCCUUGUAAUAAAGUAUUUCAUUUUUUUGUUGA